AUGGCCUUCUCAUCUUCAAGCUCGGCCUUCAUGGCCCGGCUCACGGCCUUGAUGCUGCUCAUGACGCCCGCGCUGGCAAAGACCAUCACCCUCGACUGGAACAUCACAUGGGUCACCUCCAACCCAGACGGCCAGUUCGAAAAGCCAACGAUCGGUGUCAACGGAAAAUGGCCGCUCCCGCUCAUCGAGGCCACCAAGGGCGACAGACUCGUUCUCACCGUCAACAACCAGCUGGGCACCGAGAGCACCAGUCUUCACUUUCACGGCAUGUUCCAAAACGGGACGAACCACAUGGACGGUGCCGUCGGCGUAACUCAGUGCGCCAUUCCUCCCGGAAAGUCAUUCACAUACGAUUUCAAGUUCGAUCAAACAGGCACCUACUGGUACCACGCCCACAACGACGGCCAGUACCCCGAGGGCCUGCGCGGCCCCGUGGUCAUCCACGAUCCCAAGGGCCCUUACGAGGGCAAGUAUGACGAGGAGCUGAUCAUCACUUUCUCGGACUGGUACCAUCAGUCGACGAGGUCUCUCAUAAAGGAGCUCAUCAGCGUCGAGAAUCCCACCGGCGCCGAGCCCGUCCCGAACUCGGCUCUCAUGAAUGACACCCAGAACCUGCAGGUGAAAGUCCAGCCCGGGAAGACCUAUCUCAUUCGCAUGGUCAACGUCGGUGCAUUCGCGUCCCAGUACAUCUGGUUCGAGGGCCACCAGAUGCGCGUCGUCGAGGUCGACGGCGUCUGGACCGAGGAGGCCGACGCUGACAUGCUGUACAUCACCCCGGCGCAGCGCUGCAGCAUCCUUUUGACUACCAAGAAGCAUGCGUCUGAGAAUUUUGCCAUCGUCGGUUCCAUGGACGAGGAGCUGUUUGAUGUCAUCCCCGAUGGCCUCAACUCCAACGUUACCGGCUGGUUGGUUUAUGACGACAAGAAGCCCCUGCCCGAGCCUACUCCCGUUGAUGAUUUUGACGCUGCGUUUGAUGACUUUGACCUUGUUCCGGUUGAUAAGAAAGAGCUCUACGACAAGGUCGACUACUCUUUCAGCUUCACCGUCAAGAUGGACAACCUGGCUGAUGGUGCCAACUACGCCUUCUUCAACGACAAGACCUACGUCGCCCCCAAGGUCCCCUCCCUGUACACGGCCCUGACAGUCGGCGACAAGAACGCGCUGAACCCGCGCGUCUACGGCACGAACACCAUGACCCACGUCCUCAGGCACAACGAGGUGAUCGAGAUCGUCCUCAACAACGAGGACGACGGCAAGCACCCCUUCCACCUCCACGGCCACCAGUUCCAGGUGGUCCACCGCUCCGACGAGGACGCCGGCGCCUUCUCCAACGACAGCGCCCCCGCCCUCCCCCGGUACCCGAUGCGCCGGGACACCCUCGUCGUCGAGGGCAACGGCAACUUCGUCAUCCGCUUCAGGGCCGACAACCCGGGCGUCUGGCUCUUCCACUGCCACAUCGAGUGGCACAUGGACCAGGGCCUGGUCGCCACCGUCGUCGAGGCCCCCGAGGCCCUCCAGGGGCUCCGCAUCCCCGAGGGCCACCUGGACGCCUGCCGCGCGGGCGGGGUGCCGACGAGGGGCAACGCCGCGGGCAACGCCAGGGACGUGCUCGACCUGAGCGGCGAGAACAGGCCCGUCGGCCCCCUGCCCGAAGGAUUCACGGCCAAGGGCUACGUCGCCAUGUUUUUCAGCGUCGUGGCUGCCUUCCUGGGCCUGGCCGUCAUCUCAUGGUACGGCGUCAUCGAGUCUGACAACAAGGAGAGCCGUCUCGAGGACGACGCCGCGGCCGAGUCCCGAGACCGAGAUGAAUGA